CAUUUAAUAUAAAACUAUGAUGAAGUAUUCAUCGAUUAAAUUUUGCCAAAAAAGCAAAUGUAUCAUCAGCUGGAAAAUACCGGUUUUCAUCGAUGUUGUUCUACUGACAACCACAUUUCUACUCAGCGCGGGAUCUUCAUGUGGAUAUUCUUGUUACGAAGUCUGUACUUGUAAUAUAUAUUUUGGAAGUGAAAUUGACUGUAAAGCAACUGGGAUGGUACGUUUACCGAACCUUAUUUCUUACCAGCAAGCAGCUCGAACUACUGUACUGGAUUUUGGAUGGAACGACUUAACUUUUUUACCGGAUGAAGCUUUUUCUAAUCUUCCCCUCUUACAAAGAGUUUUAUUUAACUCGAACUACUUGGAUUUUGUACACCAAGGAAUAUUUAACAGCAGUGGAAUUGACUACUCUCCCGUGCAAUACGUCGAUUUUUCAGACAACCAUAUAUAUAUGAUACCACAAUGUUUUCAACAAAUGAAUGAAUAUUCUACCAAGCUGGAUAAUUUGACCGACUUGAAUUUGGGAAGAAACGAAAUCGGACCAAAUAUCGAAGAAUAUGCUUUCAAUGGGGUCAGGUUUCUCGAAUCUCUCGAUCUGUCUCAUAACAGCAUUCAAACGACUGAACCACGAACUUUUAAAUAUAUGAGAUAUCUCAAUUAUCUGGAUUUAAGAUUCAAUUACAUAGAAUUUCUUCCAUCCAGCUUGUUCGGACGAUCAUCAGGGUUGAAGACGCUUCGGCUGACUGGAAACAAGCUUACCGUGUUACCCGGAGGAAUUCCAGCUACUCUAACACUUCUAGAACUGGGAGAGAAUCGUAUUUUAAACCUCACCAUCACAGAUGCCCAAAAACUACAUAAUCUACCAAAUAUUGAAAUGUUAAAUUUCAGUCGAAACGGACUUCGAGAAGUUGUUCCAAACGCUUUUCAGACGAUGUCUGUAUUGGAAGUUCUGGAUUUAUCGAAUAAUGCGAUUCAUUUCCUCAAUUCUGAUACGUUUGCUGGUGCUGACAAUUUGGAAUAUCUAUUUCUCAAUAGAAACCCGUUUCUCAGAACAUUACCAAAGGAUAUUUUUGUCAAUUUGACAAAGUUACGAUUUCUAUUCCUGUACGGAUGUGCUCUGAAGACUUUGGAAUUUGGAACACCCUCAAUUUCACCACUGUCAGUCAGUUUUACAUCGUCUGUCACGAGUGAUACUGUUCAUGUCGAUCCACUCUAUGCCCCGAAUUUAGAAGCGAUGUGGCUAUUUGGAAAUCCUAUAAAUUGUGAUUGUCUUAUUCUACCUCUUGUGUGGUUUAUAAACGUACGUAACCUCACGUUAGACGCAAAUCUGUAUGACCUUCCGAGGAAUAUUGCUGAUGACGCAAUACUUAAAAACUAUUUAACACACGACGGGGCAUACGCGGGUGACAUCGCCACAACAGGGUCUUUUUGUACGACGCCGUUCAACAGGCACAGUGCUGUCGUUGGAAAACAGUUUUUAAGUGUUCCUGAACGGGAUUUAAUAUGUCCGAAUCAACCAUUUUUUGUAGCAGUAUCCAUGUUUUUGGGGAUAGUACUUUUUGCAGCUGCGAUUCCUGUCGUAUUUUUUAUUGUGUUUUUAUAUUUGUGUACUGUAAGAGUUUUGUGUAAAAAGCUAGGUCUUUCAUUAAGUGAGGACGAGGAUUAACUGUUUGACAUAGUUACGUUGCAUUAUCGUGAUAUUGCGAUUGCAUUAUCGAUACCCAUCAGUGAUUAACACUAAUUGCUGAAAUGUUGCAAUCGUUAUCACAUUUAAAUACAAGUAAGACAAGUUCGUACUAACACAAUCACGCAAUGGUAUUGAACGUCAAUAUUGAAUGGAGAGGCAAUCGUAACUUGACAAAUGACAUAUGGAGAAUUUGUCCAGUAUUGAUAUAGAUUGGUAUAAAUCAUACCACUUCAUCUUCUCAAUAUACAUAUAUAUUUAUUACAUACAUUUAUUAUUAUUAUUUCAAUUCAUUUCCGAGUCAACGCGAUAUAGAAGCUCUUGUUUUUUUAUUCUUUAAGUUUUUGUUCCCUUUUUUUAUGGUAUGUCAAAAUUGACGAUUUAGUACCUAGUUUUACCGCGUUUUCCCAAAAAUAAGACAGGAUCUUAUUUCAAUUUCCAUUCGAAAAAUAACACUAGGGCUUAUUUUGGGGGAUGUCUUUAAUUUUCAUUUAUUUAAAACAAAAUUACAAUGUAGAAAAUUACGAGAUUUUCAAAUAUACAAAAUGUGAAACCGACAUCCAUUUACUUAUAAAUAACAAUUUCUAAUUUAAAAAAACGACUAGGUCCUAUUUUAUGCGAGGGCUUUUAUUAAAAUCAUUUUUAAAAUCCAGGCUAGGUCUUAUUUUUGGGGAAAACGGUAGAAGCAUAUCUCAUAUAUUUACCUGACAUAAAAGGCAGAUGCCAACCCAAAAACCUUUUUUUUUCCACUCAUAGCUGAGAGAGUAGACUUGAGUUGCCCUGGGUAUUAUGACUAUAAAAAAAAUUGAAAAAAGAACGUCUAUACUAAAAUGUUGGAAAUACAAACUCGGCCAUUUCAGUUUUUAAAGGCG